CACCUUCUCGCAUUGUAUUCGCCUUACACCCACUUUUCUCGUCUCUCUCUCAGUCUCUCUCCCUCUCCCGAAUACAAACAAUGGCGCCUUCUGUGGUUAUGCUCUGCUUUGCUCCUUUGCUCUUGCUUUCCGUGCUGGUGAAUGCGAGAAUCCCAGGGGUUUAUAAUGGUGGGCCGUGGCAGAGCGCCCAUGCCACUUUCUACGGCGGCAACGACGCCUCUGGGACUAUGGGUGGUGCUUGUGGGUACGGCAAUCUGUACAGCCAAGGUUAUGGCGUUAACACGGCGGCCCUGAGCACUGCGCUCUUCAACAAUGGGCUCAGUUGCGGUGCAUGCUUCGAGAUUAAGUGCGAUAUCAAUGCCGAUCCCAAAUGGUGCCACCAAGGCAGCCCCUCCAUCGUCAUCACCGCCACCAACUUCUGCCCUCCUAACUACGCCCUUCCCAGCGACAAUGGCGGCUGGUGCAACCCUCCCCGCCCCCAUUUCGACCUCGCCAUGCCCAUAUUUGGCUUCCUGGGCGAGCAAACAAACCUCGAAAGAAUCGCUACGUGCCAUCUGAUUUGCUCAGCGUCCGUUGUGAGUCUGUUCAGAUUGAACGUUGUCGUUUAGCCCUCUGAUGUUCUGUCCUUAAUGACCGAACUACCCUCACCUUUAACAAACCUUAUCUCCUUAAGAUUCCUGGGCCCUUUUGUCAUUCCACAUCCCAAAAUCUCAUGUCGGAUCACGUGAGUUUUCCGUGACCUAUCAAUGUGAAUUGGGCCCCACUUUUGUUACUGCGAGUAAAUCUCCAGGCUCUUUACUGCAGUGGAAAAUGUUUUCAGGGUUGAUUCUGUCAGGGUUAAUUUGGUAAUUUAGGUGAUUAUUUUUGUUUUUCAGGGUGGCGUGCAAGAAGCGAGGCGGGAUCAGGUUCACCGUCAACGGUUUCCGUUACUUCAGCCUGGUUCUGGUCACCAACGUCGCCGGAGCAGGGGACAUCGUGCGGGUGAGCGUGAAGGGAACCAACACUGCCUGGCUGAGCAUGAGCCGGAACUGGGGCCAAAACUGGCAGUCAAACGCCGUCUUGGUUGGCCAAGCCCUCUCCUUCAGGGUCACCGGCAGCGACGGACGCACCUCCACCUCCCACAACGUCGCACCCGCUAAUUGGCAGUUCGGUCAAACCUUCACCGGAAAGAAUUUCCGUGUCUGAGUCCUUUAAAUUUCCCUCCAUUUUAAACUCCAUUUUUUUUCAUCUUUUUUUACUUUGUGUUCCCCGCCCUUCCUUUUUUCCUUUAUUUUCCCGGGAAAAUUUUGAAGUGGGACGUACCAAAAGGGUAAAAAUAACAGUCUGUCAAAAGAAAAUGGUAAUAGAUAAAGAAGGUUAUUAAAGUAAAAAAAAAGUGUCUGCAGUAACUUUAUAUAUAUUUUUACCUUUGUUGUUUUAUUACUUUUGGAGUUUUUAUAUGGCUGGUAAUUGAUGGUAAAAUCCAGCAAUGGUGAAAUAUGUAUUGUAAGAGCUGAAGCGGCUGCAGGAGGCAACAAAACAUGUAGCCGGCAGUUCUUGCUCAUAUAAUACUCUCCAUUAUUAAUAUAUAUAAUUGUCAUGU